UUGUUGUUAAAGGAAGUGGCCAAAAAAAGUUGUGUGUAUACAGUGAUACUAGCCGAUCGAGAAAAAGCCAUCAUGAAAGAGAGAUAGGGCGUGUUUUGUAACUGCCGCUACGCAAAAGACAAAAAGCAGUUGUUACGGUGAACAGCAUUUCUCCAUCUCUUUCCGAUGCUGCUUUGGUAGUCGAGGCUGACAAACGAGCAGUCAUGAAUCAGAAUUUCGACCGAGCUCCCGGAGCAGGGAGAGCCCGCAAUCUUCCAGUAGAGUCCGGGCUCCCGGGUACCGCCGGGGAUGGCGACACUAAAACCACGUUUUUCAACCAAAGGGAGCCGCUGAGACAGCCGCGAACAUCCCCGCCGUUUGCCGAGAACAACAUUAGCACGGCCAGCGACGUGGUCGGUGGAGAUUGUAAAAGACAAAACAAACCCCAACAAAGUGCAAAUGCCAACAGUAUGCCUGCCUCCAAAGGGAGUAAUGAUGUGGAUUCCUUGGUCAAGUCAUCAAAGCUGUCAGCCAGUGCUCCAGAGUUUGUCCCCUCUGGAUUUAACCCAUGUGAUGACUCUGUUUGUUAUGAUGAGAACGAACUCUAUUAUGGUGAACCAACCUUGGCGGAUAUGGUCACAGACUUUCUUGACCACCUGAGCUCCUCACCAGGGUCCUUUGAGUCAGAUGUUGAAGACAUAACUGGCAUGCUCAAUUCCUUUGUUACUACUGAAGAGUUGUUGCAGGAGCUGGUGGAGUUGAUCUACACACAGUCCACUUCUAUCCCCAACUUCUCUUACACGGGUGCCAGACUCUGUAACUAUCUGUCCCAACACCUCACUGUCAGUCCGCCGAGUGGCAACUUUCGUAAGCGGCUCUUGAAAAGGUGUCAAACUGAGUAUGAACAAAGGGAUGCAGCUGUUAAUGGAGAUGCAGAGACUCAGAAGAAAUUCCACUCCUUUGUGCUUUUUCUAGGAGAGCUCUACCUGCACCUUGAGAUAAAGAGUGCAAAAGGACCCCCAAACAGAGCAGAGAUCCUCCUCAGUGCUCUGAAAGAUCUGAUGAACACUCUACUCUCCAGUCCUGUGGAUGCAAAUCUCAUCUGUGCUGUCAAACUGCUAAAGCUUACAGGCUCUGUUCUGGAUGAUGCAUGGAAAGAGAGUGGAAAACCACACAUGGAAGAACUGAUCCAAAGAAUAGAAAAUGUUGUACUGGAUGCCACCUGCAGCAGGGAUGUCAGACAGAUGCUUCUGAAACUUGUGGAGCUGAGAUCCAGUGAUUGGGGCAGAGUCCGUGCUCCUCCAGCUGCUAGCAACGCUACACCAGACAACGACCCCAACUACUUCAUGAAUGAACCUACAUUCUACACAGAAGACGGUACACCUUUUACAGCAGCAGACCCAGAAUAUGCAGAGAAAUACCAAGAGAUCAUGGACAAGCAGGACUAUUUUCAUGAUAUUUAUGGAGAAAAUGGAAAUGAAGUAUAUGACUUUGAAGAUGAGAUGGAGCCUGAGAUAGAAGAAGCAUUUGAGAAUUUUUGUUUAGAAUCUGAGAGGAAACGACAACAAUGACGUGAGUGAAAAGCUGUGAGACUCAACAGGCACAUACUAUAAUUUUCCCACUCAACUUGCUGGAAUGUUGAAAAGCAAAGGAAACUAGCAGAAGAUAGGUUCAACCUUUUUAUUUUUACUGCAAGCAAGCAUUUUAACAAAAAGAGCUGUUCAUAGUUGCACUUCUGACACUUUUCUCUGUCAGUGUUGAUUAGAAAAUGGGGACAAUCAAUGGGAUAAUUUGUUCGAAAUGUUAAGGUAUGAAAACUUUUUUUUGGACAUGGAAGUUCUCUCUUUGUUGUUUUGAAAUUCUCUCAGAAAUUUCUUUCCUUUACGCCUGCACUAAAUGGCAAGAGGGAAAUAGUGUGCUGUGGAAUUUUUUUUAGAGUUCUGAAAGGCAGAUAAGUUUCAUCAAAUUGUGUGCAAAAGUUGUUAGAUUCUAAUUUAAAUACCCCAUGCAUUAGGUGCAAGCCAAAAGACUCAAAUCAUCGAUGGAGAUGCAUUAUCUUAAUGUAAAAUGCACUGUAGAUGGGUGUUUGUACUACAUACCUACAUAAAGUGCAUAUACAGCCUUGAUCUCCACUGUUGUGAAAUGUGUCUCUUGUCAGGUUGCCAAUAUUUAACACUGUUUCAGUCUAUUCACCUGUUGAUCUGGCUGCAGUUCACUAAUGUGGUCAGGAACUCUGUGAAAGGCUGUGACAGAAACAAAAACUUAAAUACAGUGACAGGCUGGGACACAAAUACAAAACAGCUUUUUUUCAAAUUGCUUUUUGGGGGUUGAAGUCAACAUUUUAAGAAGUUUUAAGAAUUAAAUACAAGUACAUUCACAAUCUUGAGAAUGCUGUCUGCAAUGCAAUGCAUCUAAAUCCAGUUUAUUUGCUGAAUGUAGCUUUAAAUAUCUACACAUCUCAAGUGUUUGAGCAACAGUCAGUGUGACAUAACUCAAUUGCAAAAAGAAUUCUUUGUUAUCCCUGAAAGACUAAAAGACUGUUUACCAGCAAUCCAUGGAACACAUAAAAAGGAAUGUUGUUUUAUAGUUUGUAAAUAUUAUUUAUAGUAUUGUUUGCCUGCAAUAAAUUCUUUAUAAUGUGAGAUUUUA